GCUCACCCUCGCCCCCUCCUCCUCCUCAUCCUCCACCACCACCGUCGUCGCACGACCGGACCGCCGGCGCCGCUGCCCCGCCCUCCCCACCCCGGUAGAAAAUGGCUGACGCCGAGGACAUCCAGCCCCUCGUCUGCGACAAUGGUACCGGUAUGGUCAAGGCUGGGUUCGCUGGAGAUGAUGCUCCCAGGGCUGUCUUCCCCAGUAUCGUGGGCCGCCCACGCCACACCGGUGUCAUGGUCGGGAUGGGGCAGAAGGACGCCUACGUCGGUGACGAGGCGCAGUCCAAGAGGGGUAUCUUGACUCUCAAGUACCCCAUUGAGCACGGUAUCGUCAGCAACUGGGACGAUAUGGAGAAGAUCUGGCAUCACACCUUCUACAACGAGCUCCGUGUCGCCCCAGAGGAGCACCCCGUCCUUCUCACUGAGGCGCCGCUCAACCCCAAGGCCAAUCGUGAGAAGAUGACCCAGAUCAUGUUCGAGACCUUCAACACUCCUGCUAUGUAUGUCGCCAUCCAGGCCGUCCUCUCGCUGUAUGCCAGUGGUCGUACCACAGGUAUUGUGCUGGACUCGGGAGAUGGUGUCAGCCACACUGUCCCCAUCUACGAAGGAUACGCUCUUCCCCACGCUAUCCUCCGUCUUGACCUGGCUGGGCGUGAUCUCACCGAUUACCUCAUGAAGAUCCUCACUGAGCGUGGUUACUCAUUCACCACCACUGCUGAGCGGGAAAUUGUGAGGGAUGUGAAGGAGAAGCUGUCCUACAUUGCACUGGACUACGACCAGGAAAUGGAGACUUCCAAGACCAGCUCUUCUGUGGAGAAGAGCUACGAGCUUCCUGAUGGGCAGGUUAUCACCAUUGGUUCCGAGCGUUUCCGUUGCCCUGAGGUCCUCUUCCAGCCAUCCUUCAUCGGGAUGGAAGCUGCAGGUAUCCAUGAGACCACCUACAACUCCAUCAUGAAGUGUGACGUGGAUAUUAGGAAGGAUCUGUACGGCAACAUUGUUCUUAGUGGUGGUACCACUAUGUUCACUGGAAUCGCUGAUAGGAUGAGCAAGGAGAUCACUGCCUUGGCUCCUAGCAGCAUGAAGAUUAAGGUUGUUGCUCCUCCUGAAAGGAAGUACAGUGUCUGGAUCGGAGGAUCCAUCUUGGCAUCUCUCAGCACCUUCCAGCAGAUGUGGAUUGCAAAGGCUGAGUACGACGAGUCUGGCCCAUCCAUCGUGCACAGGAAAUGCUUCUAAUUCUUCGGACCCAAGAAUGAAAGCCAGGAGGAGCCUUUAUCGCGACCCUCCUGCCGCUUCGCCUCCCUCUUUUGUUGCUGUUUCUUCGUUAGCGUGGACAAAGUUUUCGGCUGGCCUACCGGUUACCGUUUUCUCCUAUUCAAAGACUGUAAUAUCUAUUGCUACUUGUGCUUGUCCCUCGUGAUUUUGGACACAUGAGUUCGGUUUAUUCAAUCAAAUUUAAUCAGAUGCCUGGUGAGGCUACUAGAGAAAUACGGCUGGUGUUUUUGAUUUCAUUUGUCAUGUGUCAUCACUACCCUGUUAAAUGAAUGAAUAAUAUGAAUUGUCUUGAUCCUA